AUGAAACAUCCAAUAUUGUCGUCGGCUUCUUUAAAGCUCCAAAGAAAGUAUGGAGAUGGGAAGGGGCGGGAAAUAUCAAACGACAGCUUAUCAACAGAAGAAGUCAUGUGGGUGGCUGUAGCAAGGUACAUACAAUUCUCUACCCAGAUGUAUUAUGAUGAUAAUUACAUGCCUACGCACCCUUUUGGUUUUGCUCUCUCGGGACGUCUGUCCAGGGAUGAAAAAAGUGACGUGGAACUUGCACAUCUUCUUCUAUCUGCGGCAGAGAAUGUAGGCUGCCGACAAUAUGAUUCUGCAGGCAGAUUGGUCUUACGUUGUGAGUGGAUGUCGUCUGCCAGAGCAAAUCCUGUCCAGAGAGUUGUUUUUCAUUUUGCUCAAGCACUUCAAGAAAGGAUUGAAAAACAAUCUGCACGGAGCGUUAAAUCAAUAAAGGGAUUCAAGCAAAAUGAUGAAAUGAUUCCUACUUUCCUUACAGUUUACCAGCAACUCCCUUUCACUCAAAUAAUGCUCUUCACAGGCAUCCAAGCCAUAAUCGAGAAGACAGCAUUCGAGCCUAAGAUCCAUUUGAUAGAUAUGGGAAUCAGGUGUGGAGUCCACUGGACAAUCUUGAUGCAGGCUCUUGCAGAGAGAUCACAGGAUUGCCCCAUUGAGCUUCUCAAGAUAACUGCUGUUGGAUCAUCACCAAGCAUAGAGGAGACUGGUAAGAAGCUAGUGAGUGUUGCCGAAUCUUUGAACUUGCCCUUUUCAUUCAAGACAAUAUUAUUAUCAGACAUGAAACAUGUCAAAGAAGAAUCAUUUGGAAUAGAAGAUGAUGAAGCCGUGAUCAUCUUCGAUCCCCUGAUACUGAGGACAAUGGUAUCAAGGCCUGGUUGCUUGGAAAACUUGAUGAGAGUGAUCAGAAACCUCAACCCAUCAAUGAUGGUUGUCGUUGAAGUCGAAGCAAACCACAAUUUACCCUCAUUUGUGAAUCGCUUCAUUGAAGCACUGUUCUAUUUCAGCGCACUCUAUGACAGCCUCCAGAGUUGCAUGAAACAGUACGAGGAGGAGAGUAUGAGAAUCGAAGGAGUUUUGGGUGGUCAGAUUCGAAACAUUGUCGCAGAAGAGGGAGCAAAAAGGACUGUCAGAAACGUGGCCAUGGAUUCAAGGUUUGGAACGGUGGAAAUUGGUUUAAGUGAGACAUCCUUAUUGCAUGCGAAUUUGUUUGUCAAACGGUUUGCUUGUAAGAGCUCUUGCAUGCUUGAUAAGAACAGGAAAUGUCUGAUUGUUGGGUGGAAGGGAACCCCAAUUCAAUCCGUUUCGGUUUGGGAGUUCCCUUAG